AUGACAUUCUUUCCAAUUCGUCGUUAUCUUCUUUUCGACGAUCCGUUUGAUCGAUUCUUUGGUGAUCAAUUGGAUUUCUUCGAUCCAUGGUAUGAUUUUGAUACAUUUCCAUCAGCUCUUUCUAUUCGACCAAAUGCUUUUCGAUGGAUCAAUGAACCAUAUCGAUUAACACAUUCAUCAAGUAAUAAAUCACAAGAUAGCAAAAGCCUAACACCAACAUCACGAUCACCAAAUGCUGAAAAAUAUCGUGUUCAACUCAAUGUAGCUGGUUUCAAUCCAGAAACAAUUAAAACAAAAGUUGACGGUAGAAAAGUAAUUGUUGAAGCUAAACAAGAAGAUCGUCAAUCUGAUGGCGAUUAUAAUAUUCGAGAACUACGAAAAACAUAUGAAUUACCUGAACAUGCUGAUUCUACACGUUUAGCUUCAUAUGUAACUCCAAAUAAUAUGCUUGUCAUUGAAGUACCUAUUCAUAAUCCAAAAGCAGAGCGAUGGGUUGCUCAAGCAAAGAAUGAUAAUCAAAGUUUAGCACAAUUUGGUCAAUAUCGUGAUCCUCUGUUUGAUUAUGUUGGAUUUUUGACUGGUUCAGAUUUUCAACCACGUAUUGUUGAUAAAGAUAAUAAUCAAAAACAACUUGAAAUGUCAAUCGGAAUGAAGAAUUAUCGACCAGAUGAAAUAAAAGUAUCAGUUAAAAAUAAUGAAUUAAUUAUUCAAGGUGAACGUCAACAUACAGAUAAGAAUCGUUCAGAACGAUUCUUCUUCUUUAAAUCCACAACAUUACCACCUGGUACACAAAUUGAUCAAUUACAAUCAAGUUUAACUGAUGAUGGACAAUUGAAAAUCGAAGCACCGUAUAUUGAACAAAAGGAAGCGACAAAAUCAAUUGAAAAUCAGAAGAAAUAA